AUGGGCAUUCUAGAAAAGAUAAAGGAUAUUGAAAAUGAAAUGAACAAAACCCAAAAGAACAAGGCCACUGAAUACCACAUUGGUCUGUUGAAGGCUAGAUUGGCCAGGUUACGUUCACAACUCAUUGACUCUGAAAAGAAAGGAGGUGGUGGAGGUGGUGAUGGAUUUGAAGCCAGAAAAGCAGGUGAUGCUCGUGUUGCUUUGAUUGGUUUCCCAUCUGUUGGUAAAUCUACAUUGUUGAAUAAGAUUACAGGAACUGAAUCUGAAACUGGUGCCUAUGAAUUUACUACAUUGACUUGUAUUCCUGGUGUUAUUGAAUAUAACGGAUCAAGAAUCCAACUUUUGGAUUUGCCUGGUAUUAUUGAAGGUGCUGCUGAAGGUAAAGGAAGAGGUAAACAAGUUAUUGCUACUGCAAGAACUGCUGAUUUGGUUUUGAUGAUGUUGGAUGCCUCAAAGGGUGAAAUUCACAAACAUCUUUUGGAACAAGAAUUGGAAAGUGUUGGUAUCAGAUUGAACAAACCAAAACCAAACAUGUACUUCAAACCACUUAAAACUGGUGGUCUCAGAUUUACAACAACUUGUAAACAAACUAAGGGUGUUACUGAAAAGCUUGUUUCUGACAUCUUGAGAGAACAAAAGAUUCACAAUGCUGAAGUUGUUAUCAGAUACGAUGCUGAAAUUGAUGACUUUAUUGAUUUGGUGGAAGGUAACAGACAAUAUAUUAAGUGUCUCUGUGUUUACAACAAGGUCGAUACCAUAACUUUGGAAGAAGUUGACAAGUUGGCCAAGAGGGAAAACUCUGUUGUGAUAUCAUGUAACUGGGAUUUGAAUUUGGAUUACUUGAUUGAACAAAUUUGGGAACACUUGGGAUUGGUUAGAGCUUAUACCAAGAAGAGAGGUUGUGCUCCAGAUUUCAAAGAUCCAGUCGUUUUGAGAGAAGGUUCCACAAUUGAAGAUAUCUGUAACAGCGUACACAAGGACAUGAAGAAGAACUUUAAAUAUGCUAUUGUGUGGGGCAAAUCAGCUAAACAUACACCUCAAAGAGUUGGUUUGAGUCACGAAUUGGCAGAUGAAGACGUUGUCCAACUUGUUACAUCUGGUUAAUAAUAUUGAGCUAGUAAUAUUUUGUAAAGUAAUUUAUUUGUUUAAUUUUUGAGCUACACUUAUUCUCGAGAAGAAGAAUGCGAACAAAGUAAAUGUUACAGAGCUUAACCAAAAGAAUAAGCUAGCGUACAUAUCCCUCUCCAAAUAAAACAUUUAUUAUAAA